GACGCUCGUUGAGAUGGAGUGAUGUGUUUGGGUGUGUUUCGUGAAGCAGUCCAGACGCAGUAUCUCGUGUUACACAGUGCUCCAGUCCACCGUCCACUGGGCGUCGCCGUGAUUUUUCCUGGCACAUUGCAGCAGAGUGGCGCGGGACAGAGCGACUGACACCGACCGAGGCAUCAGACAGGUGCGUGAUUUAUCAUCGCAAAACAUCCACAGAUUACUGCGGAACACGAAAUUAAUCGGUCGACUCGGUGAAUAUUGUCGGAGUGUGUCUGUGAAUCCUGAAGCGUGCUCCGCCAUGUUGAUGCUAACUGUUAGCUAAAGUUAGCUAACACUAAUUAACUGCGCACCAGACUGACGCGAAGCAACAAAAAGUUCAAAUUUGCAUUUCUAAUCCGGCUCCGUGUUUUUUCUAUACGACACCGUAAAGUCCGGAUAGUUUCCCUGAAGGCUGAGCGAGUUUGAAGAGGUUUCCUGGAUGAACCACUGGAGCUUGUUUCGGAGAGAUUACCCCAACCUGGUGGUGACACGUGCUUUGACUGCCGACCAUGGGAACUUAAUGGCGAGAGAUGUCAGGAGAGCUGAUCUCAUGGUCGAAGAAGAGCACGAUGAUAGAACUGCACCACAAUUUCGUAAUCGCAAAGGCCGAGGCGCUCACAAGGGACGGUCGUAUGACAGAUCUCGCAGAGACCGCCAGCGGGGAGGCCAUCAGGGUGGCUUUGGAGGUCCAGGACCACGGUCUAGGCUUGAAGACACUGAUGGAGAUGUAACUAUGGGUGAAGGCUCUCAAGACAACGGCUCCCAACACAGAUUCAACCCAUAUGGGAAACCUUUCCGAAAAGGAGAAGGACGAUUUGACAGAGACAGGCGACAAGGGAGAGGAGGAGGUGGUAGAGGUGGUGGCUUCAGAGGAGGAGACCGAGGCGGAGGAAGCGGCAAUGGAGGAGGAGGAAAGAACCAGUCAGGCUGGUCUAAAGUAACAAUACCACAUGGGAGAAAAUAUGACAAGAAAUGGUUACUGACCGCUCUUCAGAACAUUUGUUCAAUUCCCUUCACAGCUGUACAGUACCAUGUGGACCAUGACAGAGCCCAUUUCUACGUGGAUGAUCCCUCUGCUUCUAUCGCUUUACGCAAAUGUUCUCACAAGAUCACAGACACAGAUGGUUAUAAGGUUGAGGUACACGUAAACUCCCACUCUCCACCAUCCUUCCUCCUCGCUGACCUGAAGCCUGAACACUUAGAGCACCUGAAGCAAUGUAUGGCAAAACGUUUUGAUGGCUCCCAGCAAGCACUUGACCUGAAUAACAUCCGCACAGACCCAGACCUGGUGUCCCACAAAGUUGAAGUCACCUUGAAUCGGAAGACACACAUGGAAGCUGUCAUUACCAUUAUUGAAGAAAACAUUCCAGAGCUGACUUGCUUGAACCUGAGCAACAACCGUAUCCACAAACUGGAUGAACUCUCUGAAUUGGUUUCCAAGGUGCCUAAUCUGAAGACGCUCAACCUUUCCCACAACGAGCUCAAGUCUGAUCGGGAGCUGGACAAGGUGAAAGGCCUGAAGCUGGUGGAGCUGUGGCUGAACAGGAACCCUCUGUGUCUGUACUUCAAGGACCAGGCCUCAUACAUCAGUGCUGUGCGGCAGAGGUUUCCUCGGCUUCUCAAACUGGAUGGUCAUGAUCUCCCCCCACCCAUUGGAUUUGAUGUGGAAACACCCACCACCAUCCCACCGUGCAAGGGCAGCUGUUUUGGAACUGAUGAAAUCAAGGCUCUCAUUCUUCGCUUUCUACAACAGUACUACAGCAUAUACGACUCUGGGGACAGACAGCCGCUUCUUGAUGCUUACCAUGAUGGAGCAUCGUUAUCCAUGACAACUCCUUAUUCUACCCAGAACCCCUCCAGGAGCAGUCUGGGAGAAUAUCACAAAGACACUCGAAACCUGAAAAGGAUCAAAGAUUCAACUAUGAGGUUUCGACUACUGAAGCACACGCGGCUGAACGUGGUUGCUUUCAUCAACGAGUUGCCCAAAACUCAGCACGACAUCGCCUCCUUUACUGUCGAUGUAAACACUUACACAAACACGCUGCUGUCAUUCACUGUGAGUGGUGUCUUCAAAGAAGUUGCUGUUGACGGUAAAUCCCGAGACUCUACCAUGGCCUUCUCUCGAGUUUUCAUCACAGUCCCAGCAGGGGGUUCUGGUUUGUGCAUCGUGAACGACCAGCUUUUUAUCCGAAUGGCCACAACAGAGGAGAUCCGCCGCGCCUUUGUAGCUCCCGCCCCAACUCCUUCUUCCAGCCCUGUUCCCACCCUCACCGCACCGCAGCAGGAGAUGCUCACUGCCUUCUCACAGAAGUCUGGCAUGAACCUGGAAUGGUCCCAAAAGUGUCUGCAAGACAACGAAUGGGAUUUCAACAGAGCGGCACAAAUCUUCACUCAGUUAAAGGCGGAUGGCCAUAUUCCUGAUGUUGCAUUCAUUAAAUGAAGAGUUGAAUCAUACUGAAAUCUGCAGUAAUUUUAUUUAUGCCUUUUGUUUAAUUUUUACUGUUGGCUUCUUUUGUUUGUUUUUAAAAAAUGAUCAAGGUCACUUUACUUUGAUUAUUGCUUUGUUUUAGCAGCCAAAUGUCAACAGUUUGACCAAACAACUGAUGUUAAGAUCCAAGCUAUUACAGUAAUCUUAGUGUUUGGUUUGUAUAGACGUUCACUACAUGUUUUCAUAGGAAUAAAGACUGAUGGCUGGACUUGUAUUGUGUUCAACAAUAAAAAUAUUUUCUCACAACUGA